AUGAGAGAAAGUAGUCAAAAUAGCAAUUCUAGUGGUAGUGUCUUUGUUCCCCCUCCAAAUCAUGAAGCCUACUCCCUUAUUGGUUCUAAUCAAAUUGCUGUAACAAAUGAUAUCACUAUGUCCUCGGAUAUAAUUACAGACUCCUUUCCCUUGGCAUUCCCAAACAUUAGAAUGGAAGACACUGUUAAUGUCAUUGAAGAUUUGGGUAAUGGCUGCUUAGGAAAAUUGGAUGCUGCUAGCCAUCCAGCAGCUAAUGUUGUUCUUGCCAAUGAAUUGCUACUCAAGAUGAAGUGUGAUGUGCUGGAAUUGCAUGCUGAAGGGGAUAAAAUCAAUAGCAAUUCAUCUGAGAACACAAAGAAAAGACCUCGGGUUUCGAAAGAUGCAUCAAAAGUUUAUAAGAAAGUGCAGUACCCGAAAAAGAACCGCAAGAUCAAUUUAAAUGGCAACGAAGGAGAGAGUAACGUUGUUUCGGAUGGACAGAGUUCUAGCACACCCUGUAGUUCAGAGGCUUCUCAAGCUCUUAACUUGAAUGGAAAGACGAGAGCCAGUAGAGGUUCAGCAACUGAUCCCCAGAGCCUCUAUGCAAGGAAAAGAAGAGAGAAGAUUAAUGAGAGAUUGAGAAUUUUACAGAACCUUGUCCCCAAUGGAACAAAGGUUGAUAUCAGCACAAUGCUUGAAGAGGCCGUUCAUUAUGCGAAGUUCUUGCAGCUCCAAAUCAAGCUUUUAAGCUCUGAUGAUCUUUGGAUGUAUGCUCCUAUUGCUUACAAUGGCAUCGAUGUCAGUCUCAAUAAGAAGAUCUCCACACUUCUAUGA